UUUUUAAUGUACAAUUUGAAAGUCUGGAGCCAAUGAAGUGACAAGCAGUCAGACUCCAAGCAGUGUCCUUACAGAGGGAGCUGUGAACAUCGACAGAAAGCAUCUUCUCUUACAAGAACUAAACAAACAGACUUGAUCUUUUUCUCAACGAGUUAUUUGACAGGAUGUCAAAUAUUUGUAAAGAACAGAUUUGUUAUGAGACCUACAAGGAGACAGCAGAUUGGCUGCUGUCAAAGAUCAGCCAUCGACCAAAGGUGGCGAUAAUCUGUGGCUCUGGACUCGGUAUGCUUGCCGAUGCACUCACAAACCCGAAGAUCUUUAAAUACGCUGAUGUCCCCAACUUUCCCCAGAGCACAGUGAAAGGACAUGCUGGUCAGCUAGUAUUUGGAGACCUGAAUGGGAAGACUUGUGUCUGCAUGCAAGGGCGUUUCCACAUGUUUGAAGGAUACCCACUCACAAAGGUGACUUUUCCUGUCCGUGUGUUCCGACUGAUGGGUGUUGAAGUCAUGAUCGUGACCAAUGCUGCAGGAUCAGUUGCCGACGGUUACAACACGGGAGAUAUCAUGAUUAUUAAGGACCACAUUAAUAUGCCAGGUCUCAUUGGGCUGCAUCCUCUCAUUGGACCCAACGAUGAACGGUUUGGUACCCGUUUUCCAAGCAUGUCUGAUGCAUAUGACAAAAGCCUCGGGAAACUGGCCCUGGAAAUAAGCAAGGAACUGAAAUGCUCUAAUUACAUAAAGGAAGGUGUCUACUGCAUGGUUGGAGGCCCGAAUUUUGAGACCAUUGCUGAAGCUCGUCUUCUUCACAUACUUGGAGUUGAUGCUGUGGGAAUGAGUACUGUUCCUGAGGUAAUUGUUGCUAAACACUGCGGCUUGCACGUCUUUGGACUUUCACUGAUCACCAAUAAAGUGACAAGGGAGUACGAUAGCAAUGAGGUGGUGAACCAUGACGCUGUCCUGAGUAUAAGCAAGAUGAGGGCAGAAAUGAUACAGAGCCUUGUAAUGGAGUUGGUGGCACGUAUGAAAGUCAACAAUGACUACUAAUGUACAGAUGAAGAAAUAAAAUGGAUGCAAGGGCCAACAAGAUCCACGUAAUUUUCAAAACUUAACUUUGUUGUACUAUUUGCAUGUAACUGAAGUAUAAUACUAGACCAAAUCACUAUGGUGGCUGUCCCUGCCUGAUUUUUCACAAUAUUAUCUAUGAAAUAAACUUAUUAUCUGAUUUGAUAAAU